AUGGGUUUCCUUUAUUCACAAUUUUUCGUUACUCCCACAUAUCCGACACAAUCCUUCGCGGAUCAGACGGUACUCGUCACCGGCGCGAAUGUUGGGUUAGGGCUAGAAGCUGCACGUCACAUCACGCGACUAGGUGCAGCACGAGUCAUCCUUGGCGUUCGAAAUGUGGCUGCAGGUAAAGAAGCAAAAGAGGACAUUGAGAAAUCUACAGGCCGAUCAGGCGUCUGUGAAGUGUGGGAGGUCGAUCUAGCUUCCCACGCCUCGGUCCUUGCAUUUGGCAAGCGCAUCUCACAGCUCCCCAAGCUCGACGCAGCUAUCCUCAACGCAGCUAUCGCCACACAAGAGUUUAGCAUUUCCGAAGGCUAUGAGCGAAGUAUCACUGUCAAUGUCAUCAACACUCUACUCCUCGGCCUGCUCCUCCUGCCAACCCUGAAAGCUACACGACAAAAGAACCCAUCGCGUACGCCGCGACUUGCUUUUGUUGUAAGCGAGGUACAUGCAUGGGUGAACCUCCCAGAAUGGAAGGAAGAUGAGCCAAUGAAGUUCGUCAGUGAUAAAACAAAUACCAAGAUGGCCGACCGGUACCCAUUAUCGAAGUUGUUGGAGGUGCUACUCGUGCAGGAACUAGCGGGCCGGGUGCGCGGAUCCGAGGUGAUCAUCAAUAUGAUCAAUCCUGGUUUCUGUCACUCACAGUUAGGACGGGAGAUGGGCUUCGGCUUCAAGGUGUAUCAGAUGGUAUUGGCGCGAUCCACGGAGGUUGGGUCUCGAACGCUAGUGGCCGGCGUUACGGCUGGACUCGAAAGUCACGGCGCAUAUAUGACAGAUGGACAUGUGGAAAACACUGCGCUUUCGCCCUUUGUCCGUAGUGAUGAGGGACGCCAAGCCCGUGAGAAACUGUGGGCUGAGUUAUCGUCGAUCCUUGAGGGCGUUUAUCCUGGGAUCAUGCAGAAUAUUUGA